UCUGCAGCCUCGCUCGCAUCCCGUGCACUCAAAGGCAAAGUGUGCGGCGGUUUGGAGACGAUACAUCCAUCCUUUCUCCGUAGAAUUGGGCUUGGGUUAUCCGAGAAACGGCGUAACACUUGGAAGCACCUGGGGACGGCUUGAGGCCUUGCCUUUCGUUCCACUGCCACAAUGUCGGUCAUAUUUUUCCGAGGACCUCUCCUACGCCCCAUUGUGAGGGGCCGGGGCCAUCUCAUUCGGCGGCAAUAUUCUAGCUCCCUUGCACAGAUAGGGCCCCUGCCACAAUACUUCCAACUGGUCUCCGAGAAGCAGCUGCGGCCGGAUGAAGACCAAAUGCGAGCAGUCGUCAAGCUGCAACGACUAUGCGAAACGCUGCUCGAUUACCAGCCACCAACGCGUGCGAUCCACUUUGAAGGGUUUGACCAACCGCCGUCAAAACCGGGCGAGGAGCUGCGAGUAGGGAACACGCGUACAAAGGAUCUCGUCCAUGUGGACUUGGGCGAUGAGAGUUCCAUUCCGAAAGGAGUGUGGAUCCAUGGCGAAGUCGGGACAGGUAAAUCGAUGGCCAUGAACCUGUUCUACGAGUCGAUGCCUUUGCAAAAGAAGAAACGCGUCCAUUUCAACGCAUUCACUGUCAGCAUCUUUCGCCGGAUACACAAGUGGAACAACCGGACCCGCCCACAUCACCUGCAUGUGACCGAACUCGUGGCCCACGAGAUGUUCCAUGAAGCCUGGCUGCUAUGCAUAGAUGAGUUUCAGAUCACGGAUGUGGCGACCGCAACUGUGAUACGGCAGGUUCUUCAGCAUAUGUUCCGGAUGGGCGCCGUGAUGGUGGCAACAUCGAAUCGGUCACCCGAUGACCUGCACAAGGGCGGUUUCCAUCGUGAACACCAUAGUCCAUUCAUAGAUCUGAUCAACAAGCGAUGUGACGUCGUUCAUUUGCGAGGAAAGACGGACUAUAGAGAGCAGCUGUUACAACAGGAGACUGCAGAGAAGAAGUUUACGGAUACAUACUACAGGCUGGAUGAUCCUGAGCAGACCGAAGCUUUCAUUGAACGCGUAGCGCGGCUAUUCUACGGGAAAAGGCUACGGAAAGAUCACUUCGAAUUAUAUGGCAGGUCUGUGGAAAUAACGAAGGCCGCAGAUGGAAUGGCGCUAGUGACUUUCGAUGAGCUAUGCGGAUCGGGACCUAGGCCAUGGGGACCGGCUGAUUACUUGCUGUUGUGUCAGCGGUACCACACGAUCGUCCUACAGUCCGUUCCAGUCCUAGGACUGGUGCAAAAAAAUGAGGCCCGGCGUUUCAUCACUUUCAUUGAUGCCGCGUAUGAGAACAAGGUGAAACUCAUAAUAUCCGCCGAAGCGGAGCCAGACGAUCUCUUCGUCACCAUCGACGACCCACUAAAGACCCCGGACGAAUCUUCCGAUGAAUUCAUGCACAAAGAAAUGCUCGGGGAUCUCAUGGGUUUGACGCGCCGGGGUACCAACAUGUCCAAGCAGGGCAAAAGUUUCGGUGAACUGUCGAAAUUGGCGAUCUUCACGGGAGAGGAUGAGAAGUUCGCAUUCAGGAGGGCUGUGAGCAGGCUGAAGGAGAUGAGGACGAGCGUCUGGGCUGGGAGGAGUCAUGUCCCGCAGGAGGUUGAUGUUAGGCGGUCGAAGAAGGACGAUGACGAGGCGGAGGACGCGAACACGUCGAAAGGGAACGCAGGAUCGGCCGAGUCCCCCGAGCCAAGUUGGCGUGCCAAGCCGACCCCAUCAUCCCGCUCCACAUCGGCAACUCCAGACCAAAACAAACACUACACACCCACAGACGACUUCGGCGAUGAAGCCUCCUACAGCGGCUACAUCCGCCAAUACGAAAAGUUCAACCACCUCCCUCACUCUUCCGAGCAAUCCAAAUCAGCCUACGAACGAUCGCAGGAGACAGCGCCUAGGUUCCGCGAGCGCCAUUUUUGGAGUAUGGGCGAGUGGGGAAAGAGGGCGGGGCGGUGGGGGAUGGGUGUUAAGGCUUAUUUGAGUGAUCAGGGGGUACCUGGCAAGUGGGAGAAGGGUGCGAAGGUGACUACGGAAGAUGGUGGAAAGCGGACUGAGGUAGAGGAGGUGCAACGUAUCAGGCGGAAAGGGAAAGAUGAGAUUUGA